GACAUGUUCCGCAUGGCGGUCGUCCACUUGAUAUUCAACAUCCCAGUGCAUGUUUUAGACGAGACUGCCGAAGCCGUCAUGCGCGAGGUGACCGAGAACAUCGACUCGAAGCCAGACAAGCUAAAUCGCACGGUCGACAUCGUCUAUGCGAGAGCUAUGGAAGACAAGAACUGGGUAUUUGUCGCAGUGAGGCUCUUCAAUCAGCUCUGCCUUCUCAUCCCAGCAACACUUACCGAUCCCAACGUACCACCCAAUGGCAACGACACGACACGCUCUGGCGCGCGCCUCGUCCAGCACUACAUCUACGAGCGUGUACUAUCCGACUUCGAAGCCGACAUGCAGAAAGCCGAAUGGAGUCAACCGCGCAUGUGGCUCCUGGCCGAACUAGCCGACGCAACAUCAUCGCCUCUUUCCAUGUCGCAAAAGACAAACAUUUGGAUUUUGGACAUGAUGGCAAAUGCAGAGCAUCUAUUCGACAACAACAACGUCGAUCUCUUCAUCGAAUACGUGGACUUCGUUGCGCUUGGUCUGGAUGAGAAUCCGUCUACUGAAACGGAGCUUACACGGGUUUUGGAGAAGGUACGGGAGCGCACAGAGAAGGCGGACGAGGAUCUGAUGUCCAAGAUCAAGGUCACAGGACUGAUAGCGUUGAGGAAGAACCACUGGGUCAUGUGAAAGAAAAGAUCUGACACGACGCAAAGUGUGGAAGACUUGACUAUCACACAAGGUUGGCGGACAGGAAUAGCGUCUUGUACUAAGAAAACAUCGGAUAGGUUGCUUCUGCAAUUUUUCUCAUAUGCCA